CACCGUCGUUCGUCGUUCGUCGUUCGUCGUCGUCGUUGUGUGCUGGUUGCUUCACCUCGCUCACACGCCACCACCACCCGCCCACGCUGCUUGUGCUUCGUGGCCUCCGUCGCUGCUGCCGUCGCUGCCGUCGCUUUGACUUGGUCGCUUGACUUGGUCGCUGACCUGCUGCUCACUCAAUCCCUCCCUCGCCGUGUGACCUUCGUCGGCGUCACCCAGUACUGCUGCUGCUGCCGCUGCCGUGUCCUCACCGGCUGUGCGCUUCCUCACGAGAGCUGCACAUACGCACAGACUGACACACCUCUGCAUCAACAACAAGGACUUCCAAUCACAUACACAACCACAGCAUACACCCUACUCAACACAACCCACAAAGAUGGGCAUUUGUAUGAGUGCGGAACAGAAAGCUGCUGCGGCACGUAGCGCAGCGCUUGACAGACAGCUCGACCAAGACAGAGCCGCCGCCAGCAAAACCAUCAAGUUGUUGCUGCUUGGUGCCGGUGAAUCUGGGAAGAGCACGCUGGUGAAGCAGAUGAAGAUCAUUCAUGGUGACGGCUUCACCCAGGAGGAGCUGCGCAGCUACAGACCAACCAUCGCAGACAACCUCGUGCACUCCAUGCGCGCCGUGCUGGAGGCCAUGGGUGCGCUGUUCAUUGACCUCGGCGACCAGGCCAACCGCGUCCACGCCAAGGCCGUCCUCACAUAUGUCGAGUCAGGCUCGCAAGGGCAGCUCACCCCGGAACUCACAGCGGCGCUCAAGAGCCUCUGGGCCGACUCCGGUGUCCAAGAGUGCUUCCGGCGAUCAAACGAGUACCAGCUGAACGACUCUGCGGAAUACUUCUUCAACAGCAUCGACCGCAUCUCCUCUCCGAGCUACAUGCCCACAGAGCAGGAUGUGCUGCGUGCGCGUGUGCGAACGACGGGCAUCAUCGAGACCAAGUUUACGCACCGGGACCUGACGUACCGCAUGUUUGAUGUUGGCGGGCAGCGGUCUGAGCGGCGCAAGUGGAUCCAGUGCUUUGACGAUGUCACUGCCGUCAUCUUUGUCGCCGCCCUCAGCGGUUAUGACAUGAAGCUCUACGAGGACCAGGAGACAAACCGGAUCCACGAGAGCCUGACGCUGUUUGAUGCCAUCUGCAACAACAAGUUCUUCCUCAACACAGCCAUGAUCCUUUUCCUGAACAAAACGGAUCUGUUUUCGCAAAAGAUUGCGCGAACGCCGCUGUCGCAGUACUUCCCCGAGUACGACGGCCCGCCCAACGACGCAGCAGCCGCCCGCAAGUUCAUUCUCUCCAAGUUCCUCGCCCUCAACAGAAACCCAAAGAAGACCAUCUACGAGCACUUCACCUGCGCAACAGACACAAGCAACAUCCGACACGUCUUCGACUCUGUCAGCGACAUCAUCAUCGAGAGGAACCUCAACCAGGCUGGCCUUGGCAGCAUGCCCGUCAUGUAAUCUGUUGACCGCCAGUCCUGCACGUGUGCGUAUCGUGGUGGUGGCUGUGAUUUCUCCCGCUCACUACCACCACCACCACCACCACCACCACCACCACGCACAUAACACCCCCCCCCCUUGCUCUCUCUCUCUGUCCCUUUGACUACUCUACCUCCUUCUCUCAGCUAUUGUCGUGCGUGCGUGCGCAUGACAUGCAUGUGACGAUUGCACUUGUUGCUGUUUACCACAUGUUUUGCAGCGUGGUGCCAUGUUACUCGCCUUCCACCUCCGCCCUCCUUUUUUCCUUCUUCCGCUCGUCCAAAGCAUCAAGUGCACUCGCUUCUUAUGUCAACUGCCACUCUCUUCUUUCGUCUGCCCCUUCCCCCCCCCCAAUCUCAAUUCUUUUCCGUGCAUAAUGUACUCUGCUGUAAUCCACGCGCCACUUGCUUGCUGCUUGCACCUGCUCUCCCUCGUCCCUAUUCAAACCGCAUGCAACGUGUUGAGGAAGGGGGCGGUGCUUGCAACGGGAUAUUGCUCGCUGGCGUUUUUCUUCUUUCUGUCUUCCUGUUGCCACUGUCAGUGUUGGCUGCUGCCGCUUCUCGUUUCUGUCCUCCUUUCCCUCCCUUCUCUCCCUUUUGCUUGCUAGCCUGUGUUUGUGAUGUGUGCGCAUGUUUGUAUUGCUCGUUGAUACUCCUGCGCGUUGUUGUUGUGUGGCGUUGUUGUUGUGUGGUGUGGUGGUGUUGUUGUUCCUCUUGACGCUGUUCGUUCUUUUACAGAUAUGAAAUACAAUUCCCCGCACAUGUGCAAA